AUGUACGGCCCCCAGUACCCCACCCCGCCCCCGGGCUACAUGCCCCGCGACCACUACCACCGCACCACCCCGCCCAUGUCUCCCGGCGACGGCGCCAACUACUACUCCCCGCGCUACGGCAUGCCCUCGACGCCCCGCGCCAGCCCCCAGGUCAAGGGCCACGCCCGCCGCGCUUCCACCGCCGUACCACAGCAUUAUUCGCAUGCCUCGGCGCGUAGUGCCAUGCCCCCAAUGGGCGGCGCAUAUCCUACGCCGCGAGUCACGCCCGAAUAUGUAAGUGGUUUCGAUUACGAGUACCUUCACCCUCGCCCUCGUCGCGCCCGUCGCGACACAGACGCCUCUCCUCUCAAGCCCUCUAUGCGCGAGAAGAAGCGUCGCCCGUCACACUCGGCGCAUUACGUCCACCGAGUCUUCUACGACCAUGGCUACGGCGUCGAAUACUACGAGCUCGACGACGACGUCUAUCGUCACCCGCCGCCGCCCUACACGCAGCACGAUCGAUACGACAUGUAUGGGGAUGCUGAUCGCUUUUAUUAUGAUCAGGUCCCAAUCUUUGAAGAGCAGCCCAAGCCUAGUCGUACUCGACGCGCUUCCCACUCCACACGCGCUCCGCCGCCAAACACCACACCGAAGCGCCCUGCCGCUCCCCCCAAGCCCGCAUCCAAGGCUACCGAAGAGGAUGCCCUUCGCGCCGGCAUACCCGCAGGCUACUCGUACAAGAACUGGGACCCCACCGAAGAACCCAUCAUGCUCCUCGGCAGCGUCUUCGACGCCAACUCCCUCGGCAAAUGGAUCUACGACUGGACCGUCUUCUACAACGGCCCCGCCACCCCUCUCGCCGAGAUGGCCGGCGAACUCUGGGUCCUACUCAUUCAACUCGCCGGCAAGGUCAAGAGAGCAGAGGAGAACAUGAGCAAGAUCCGCAGAAAGGAAAACGCCGAGAUGGUCGAGGACUUCCUCAUGAGCGGCGAGCGUCUCUGGAUUCGCUUCGCCAAACUGCUGAAGACGUGCGAAGACUACAUGUGGAAGGCCGCCAAGAAGGAGAGCGGCGAGAAGAAGCCCGUGUCCAUGGGCAAGAACAGCGGUCGCGAAUUCGUCGAGUCCCUCUUUGGCCGCGACCGUGAGCUCGAAAAGACCGAGAAGCUCAUGACAGGCAUGCGCCUUUGGAGCAUGCGUUUCGACGCAAACUGCGAGGAGAUUCUCCGCUACCCUUCUGCUUAA